AUGGAAGCGAUCACUGAGUCGAAAGCAGCGGGCACCAGCCCAAUAUGCUAUAUCGUCACACCGGUAGGUAUGUUGGGAUACGGCUUAGAUGAGGAUUCUACAGCCAGGGAGCUCGCAACGGCUGUAUCCACUGGCAUCCCAACUGCACUCAUUUUGGACUCUGGGUCGACCGACAGCGGCCCAGGAAAGCUUGCCUUUGGGUCAAUGACAUGCCCACGAUCAGCCUACGUAAAGGAUUUGGCCAAACUACUAGCGCUAGUUUACAGAUUCCAUGUCCCCUUGAUAUUUUCCUCUGCUGGUGGCGAUGGUACAGACGAACAUGUAGGAGAAAUGUGCCAGAUCUUAGAGGAAGUUGCAGCAGAUGAAAGAUACCAUGGGCAUCGAUUCAAGAUCAUCUCGAUAUUCUCUAGCAUCGACAAAGCAACAGUUUCGUCACGUCUCAAGGAAGGACGCAUCACAGGCUGCGGACCAUGUGUGCCACCGCUUUCCGAGGACGACAUUAACUCGUCGCGGAGAAUAGUUGGCCAAAUAGGACCUGAACCAUUUGUCGAUACUAUGGAAGCUAAUCCGGAUUUCAACGUUAUUGUGGCCGGCAGAGCGUAUGAUCCAGCUCCAUACGCAGCAUACGCAAUGUUCCAGCUGCGGCGGCGAUUUCCAAACAUAAGUCCCGAAGAUAUCGACAAGCGAGUUGGUGGUUUCCUACACAUGGGCAAAAUUUUGGAAUGCGGCGGCUUAUGCUCUACUCCCAAAUCCUCGGGUGCUGUUUCGGCAACCUAUGAGGAUGGCAGAUUUGAUGUUUGGCCCAUUGAUCCUGCAUCCCGUUGCACACCGAUCUCUGUGGCUGCACAUGCCUUAUAUGAGAAUACUAGACCGGAUAUUCUAAGAGGACCGGGCGGUGUUCUUUACCUGGACCAAUCCAAGUAUGAGCAGCUCGAGGAUGGAAGAUCUGUCCGAGUUAGCGGUAGUAACUUUCGACCUUUGAAGAAUGACGGUGCGCCUUACCAGUUAAAGCUGGAAGCGGCUCGUACUAUUGGAUAUCGCACAAUGUUUUUGGGUACCGUUAAAGACAGUAUUUUGAUCAGGCAAAUCGAUACAUUGCUAGCUCGAGUUAAGAAAUAUGCCCAACAGCAACAUCCAGAAGCUGGAGGAAUGUGGCAGCUCGACUUCCAUGUCUAUGGAUCCCAAAGAGAUGCAGCGAACGCGCCUGCUGAAAUAUUCAUAGUGGCUGAGGCUCUGGCUCAAAACCAACAGCUUGCCACGAGUAUUGCCUCCAAGGCGAGGAUUGCCAUGAUUCACGGGUCGUAUCCAGGGCAGAAAGCCACUGCUGGAAACUUUGGGUUUGGGAUUGGUGGCCUGACUGAGAUUGAACUGGGAGAGUGUGCCCAGUUCUGCAUUUAUCACCUCAUGGAACUAGAUCUCGGAGAGGAGCGACUCCCAGCGUCCACUUGUGAGGUUUCUAACAAAGUUACGCCACUGAUUCGGUCUAAUGUGUCAUUUAUUGGCAAUGGACAAGACACCCUGCCAAACAACGGCUUGAAAGGCAGUAUCGAAGGUAUCCAAACUCAACUCGCCGGCACAUCGUUAAAGCAUACAGAUAAAAAUGAAACCAACGGCCAAAUCUUUCAAGGCCCCGCGAGCUCUCCCGGUACUCUCUCGGAUGUAUCAGAGAUUCUGCGGUCCAAGAACGCCGGCCCUUAUGAGAUUACUAUCGACAUUCUGUUCUUCACAAGAGAAAUAUAUGGCCGAAUACAGGAUUGCGAUGUCGUAUCAGCGGAGAAUGUCUCUCAGGCUCUCAACAUUGAUCAGAAGGAUAUCAUUUGGAUGGGAUUCUUUGAGCCUGCUCUUGCCUUUAAGGUUACGAUCCCACGGUUUAGGAAUGGAAAAAUGACGUCUGCUGGUAGCUUUAUGGAGGAUGAUGUGCAUGGAUCUCAGCAGCAUACUGGUAUAGCACGGAUGAAGCUACCAAAGAACUACUUCUCUACUAAAGCGUCCUCCCUUUAG